AUGAAGAACAGAUCGACCUUGUUCGUCCACGCCACCAUCAUCACCGUCGAUGCCCAGAACACGAUCUGGCUGAACGGUGCGCUCUUGGUCAACGCCGACCGGAUUGUGGCGAUCGCAAAGAGUGCAGACCUAUUGAACCAAGUCCCCUCCAACGUCGAUAUCGUCGACGUCUCUGGGUGUAUCAUACUGCCAGGACUGAUCAACACUCACGCUCACCUGACUCAGUCCCUUUUGAGAGGUCUGGCCGAGAACGUAUCAUUGCAUUCCUGGCUGUGUGAUUCGAUCUGGCCUCUCGAGACCAACUAUGAAGGGAAGGAUGGCUACGUGGCUGCAAGAUUGACCAUCGCCGAGAUGUUGAAGAGUGGCACGACCUGUUUUCUGGAAGCCAUGUUGACUCACCAAAGCGGGUUCGACAAUGUGGUUCGUGCUGUGGAGGAGAUGGGCGUGAGGGGUUGUUUGGCCAAACUUGUCAAGCCGGAAACACCAGGCGUCCUGGUAGACGCGCGCGACAGGGACGUCUCCAGCAUGUCUAUAGAAAGCGCCUUGGCCGCACACAGUAGAUAUGACGGGUCCUAUGGAGGACGGAUUCGCGUCUGGAUGGCCGCCGGCACCCCCAGAGGCUCAGGUGAAGCCUCCCACAGGGCCAUCGGGGACGCUUGUGCCCGACACGACAUUUCCCUGACCAUGCACUGUGCGGAAGCACCGGCGGAUCUUUGGAUCUAUCGCGACCGCUACAACUGUUCCCCAGUCGAAUUCUGCGAACGCACUAACCUGAUCGCUGGCGAAGAGGAGAGCCGGAAGACCGUAUUAGCUCACAUGGUUAAUCUAGAUCUGGAAAAGGAUCUGGCGGUUUUGCAACGACAUCAACAAGUCCCAACCUCGCGAGAUGACAACCAUGUCUCUCGUCCCUCGGUGUCCGUCGCUCACAACCCUAGCUGCAACUGCAAGAUUGCAUCGGGCAUUGCUCCCAUACCAGAACUACUUGCUGCUGGCAUCAACGUCAGUCUAGGGACCGACGGAGCUCCAUGUGCCAACACCUAUGACAUGAUUCAGGAGAUGAGAACGGCAGCUCUGAUCCAGAGAGGCAGCCGGAACGACCCUUCGCUCAUGGAAGCGGAACAACUGAUUCGUAUGGCCACCAUUGACGGAGCCAGAGCGUUGGGUCUUGAAAAGGAGGUAGGAAGUCUGGAAGUGGGCAAAAAGGCCGAUCUUGUCGUGCUAGACCCGUCAAGUCUACAGUGUUGUCCAUUCGACCCCGACCAGGUCUUGGGCGGCGGGGUCGACCCUUUGACGACCAUUGUCUACUCUUGCACGGCAGCUGAUGUCAAGACCGUACUGGUUGACGGACAGGUCGUGGUGGAUGACCACCGACUCGUCGUGGCAGACGAACGUCAGAUCAAGGAUGCGGCGCGGGACGUCAUUAGACGGAUUCGGGGAAAGUCGAGCAUAGCCAAGUUAAAGCCAGAGAGAAAGUAUAGAUGA